AUGACCGCUCUCAACGACAAGGUCGACAUGUCCACCGCAAAACAUCCUUCGGUGGACGAAGGCGAAGCACCAUCCGUCAGCAGCGGUAGCGGCCAGAACGUGACGUUCGACAGAGCCCUCGAGAAGAAACUCGUCCGCAAGCUAGACUUCGUUCUACUGCCCUGGCUCGCGUUUAUGUACUUGUUGAACUCAGUCGGCAGAUCGAAUUUGGGCAAUGCGAAAACGGACGGCAUGGACACAGACUUGGGCUUCACCGGCAAUCAAUACUCGAUACUGAUUCUCAUCUUCUACAUACCCUUCGGCUUGAUGGAUCUUCCGUUGGCAUUGCUCACCCGCCGUUUCACUGCCAAAAAGGUGCUACCUGUGCUCAUGGUUGGAUGGGGUGCCAUGGUGCUACUCCAGUGUGCGGCCACGUCAUUUGGUGGGAUGGUGCCGCUUAGGCUCAUUCUGGCAUCGUUCCAGGCCGGUUUCUUCUGUUCGGUGGUCUUCUACCUUACACUCUUCUAUCGACGCAAUGAACUUGGCUUCAGAAUCGCCAUCUUCUUUGGUUCAGCAUUGCUUGCUGCCGCGUUCAGUGGACUUAUUUCAUAUGGCGUCUUCCAAAUCCACAACCCGACCGUACAAGGCUGGAAGUGGCUCUUCAUCAUUGAGGGCGCAAUAACCGUUGUUGCCGGGGUCAUCUCAUACUUCUGGCUGCCUGCAAACGCGGAGACCGCCUGGUUCCUGGAUGCCGAAGAACGCGCUCUUGCUCGUGCUCGCACACUCAAGGACGGCAGCCAUGAGAUCUCGCCCGAAUUCAGCCUGAAGAGAGCCUUCGCGCCGUUCAAGGAACCUAAAAUGAUCCUCUGGAUGAUCAUCGCCUUCAACUACCCUGUUGCGUUCGCCACAGUAAGCAACUUUCUACCUCAGAUUGUCCAGCGCCUCGGAUACAGUGUCAUCAAGACAAACUUGUGGACUGUUGCCCCCAACUGUGUUGGGUUCGUUGUCUUGCUUUGCACGGCCUAUUCGUCGGACUACUUCCGCGAGCGAGCGUUCCAUCUCGUGUUUGCGCUAUCGCUCUCAUUGAUAGGCUUGAUCAUCCUCGCAGCCGUCGACCCUCUCACGCAGGGUCGGGUUGCGUAUAUGGCCUGCUUCUUCGUGGCUGGUGGUGCUUACAUUCCAUCUGUCUUGGUCCACAGCUGGCAUAACAACAAUGAUGUGUCUGAGGACAGCAAGUCUGCAAAGACCGGAUUCCUCGUUGGAUUAGGAAAUUUGGCGGGUAUCAUCUCGGCGAGCACGUUCCGCGUAGAGUACGCGCCGAAUUAUCUGCCGACACUCAUUGCCACAGCUUGUUGCAAUAUUUGCGCUAUUAGCGGGAUCCUAGCCAUGAAGUACAUUAUGGUCAAAGAGAACCGACGCCGCGAUAAGGCGCAAGGACGAAGGCUCCGGACCGAAGAUGUAGAUACCAGUACCCUGAAGGAUGGUGAAAAGGACCCGAAUUGGAGAUACUUCACCUAA